CAUGUUGACCGUCCUCUGCCGAAGUGGCAUGAUAGUUUUAUGAAUAGUACUUUACGAAUUUGAGAAAUGGGAAAGUAAAGACCGUGGGUGAAAGUCUCCUAGCGUAUUUGCGUUGGGAUGUCGGUUCAGCGCUGCAUGUUGCUGCUUUCGCGGGUUAAACCCCGACUUAGCAGCGUCUCUGUCCGUAAUGCUGCCGGUGGUUUAGUCGACCAGAGAGGCUCUGGACAGUGUGCAACGCUACUUAGACAUCCCCGGACUGCAUCUCUGUUCUCAAGCAGAAAUGCCUCUUCGAGCGGCUCGUCUCGGCCUCCAGACACCUCACUAUUCGUGCCUUUGGACGUUAAAAGUGAUGCCUCAGUCGACGGGGCUGUUGGAGAAGAGCUCACGCAGCCACUUGACAAAAACGAACUGCUGAAAGUACUGAACAGAUUCUACAAAAGGAAGGAGAUGCAGAGACUAGCAGCCGAGCACGGUCUAGAUGCCCGGCUCUUCCAUCAGGCCUUCAUCAGCUUCAGGAGGUAUGUGUUGGAAGUAGGAGCGAUCAGUGCAGAUCUUCACAUCAUCCUAAAUGACAUCUGCUGUGGAGCCGGGCACAUAGAUGAUAUUUACCCUUACUUCAUGAGACACGCUAAACAGAUCUUUCCUAUGUUGGACUGCAUGGAUGACCUGCGCAAGAUCAGUGAUUUGCGUGUGCCAGCUAAUUGGUACCCUGAGGCCAGAGCUAUCCAGAGGAAAGUGAUCUUCCACGCUGGCCCCACAAACAGUGGAAAGACCCAUCAUGCCAUUCAGAGAUACUUGGCAGCCAAGUCUGGUGUAUACUGUGGACCACUGAAGCUACUUGCACAUGAGAUCUUUGAGAAAAGCAAUGCUGCUGGUGUACCAUGUGACCUGGUGACCGGAGAGGAGAGAACCUUUGUAGACCCAGAGGGGAGACCAGCCGGUCACGUUGCUUGCACCAUUGAGAUGUGCAGUGUUACAACUCCAUAUGAAGUAGCAGUCAUUGAUGAGAUCCAGAUGAUCAAAGAUCCCUCCAGAGGCUGGGCCUGGACCAGAGCCCUAUUAGGCCUGUGUGCGGAGGAGAUCCACGUGUGUGGUGAGCCUGCAGCCAUUAACUUUAUCACAGAGCUCAUGUACACCACAGGGGAGGAAGUGGAGGUUCGGCACUACAAGAGGCUGACACCCUUUACAGUGUUAGACCAGGCCUUGGAAUCCCUGGACAACCUGCGUCCUGGGGACUGCAUCGUGUGCUUCAGCAAGAACGAUAUAUACAGCAUCAGUCGACAGAUCGAGGUCCGGGGCCUGGAGUGUGCAGUCAUCUACGGCAGCCUGCCACCUGGCACCAAAUUAUCUCAAGCAAAGAAGUUCAAUGACCCAGACGAUCCAUGCAAAAUCCUUGUAGCAACAGAUGCUAUUGGAAUGGGGCUGAACCUGAGCAUCAAACGGAUCAUUUUCAACUCCCUGGUGAAGCCGACCGUCAAUGAGAAGGGUGAGAAGGAGCUGGACACCAUCAGCACCUCCCAGGCCCUCCAGAUCGCCGGCCGGGCGGGCCGUUUCAGCUCCGUCUUUAAGGAGGGAGAGGUCACCACCAUGCACCGCGACGACCUCCCUGUGCUCAAGCAGAUCCUGAGCCGCACGGUCGACCCCAUCGAGGCAGCGGGACUGCACCCCACAGCAGAGCAGAUUGAAAUGUUUGCCUACCACCUUCCGGACGCCACUCUGUCUAAUCUGGUCGAUAUAUUUGUUAGUCUGUCUCAGGUGGAUGGGGUCUACUUUGUCUGCAACAUCGACGACUUCAAGUUCCUGGCUGAUAUGAUCCAGCACAUUCCGCUAAACCUGCGCUCUCGAUACGUGUUUUGUACUGCACCAAUCAACAAGAAGCAGCCCUUUGUGUGCACUUCCUUCCUGAAGUUUGCCAGGCAGUUCAGCAGAGAUGAGCCCCUGACCUUCGACUGGGUGUGCAAACACAUCGGCUGGCCUCUGGCCUCACCCCGGAACAUCAAGGACUUGGUGCACCUGGAGGCUGUCCACGACGUGCUGGAUCUCUACCUGUGGCUCAGCUACCGUUUCAUGGACAUGUUCCCAGAUGCCAUCCUCGUCCGGGACAUUCAGAAGGAGCUGGAUGAUGUGAUCCAGGCGGGCGUUCGCAACAUCACGAGGCUGAUUCGGGCGACCGAGUCCCACACCGGCGGUGACGCCUCAUCUCCCCUCUCCCGCACUCUCGGUAACCAGCUCCAGAAGCCUGCCCAGAGGAAGGUUAGAGGCUCGAAAGCCGUGACCCCGCGGGCGGGCGACCAACAGAUGGACGAGUCCCUCACCUCCCGGCUGCUGCAGGAUGGCCUGCUGACCCCUGACCUCCUGCAGCGGCUACAGAGGGAGUGGCUGGAGGAAAGGAGUAACCAUGGCAACGCCGUCAAGGCAACAGAGAGCAAAGGCAAAGGGAAGAAGAAGAAAAAGAAGUGACCCUUGUUGUCAGAGUUUCUGAUUUCUUAGCAUUUUUAAAUACAAGAUUUGUAUUUGAUGUGUUCAGGAGAACGUGGGUGUGUUUUUAUUUUUGGGAAAGGAAUGAUAAGUUUAUCAUGUGGUUUUAGGGGACUCAAAUGUAACUCACAAAGUAAAUUUGUGGGGUCAGAUGCUGCGUAGCUGCUACUUUACAGAAGGUUGAGAUCCUGGGAGGGGGUGUCUUUCAGAGUGUCCACCAAAUUUUAUGCUGACAAAUGUAUACGUUCAGAUUCUGCAGGUAGUUUUGGUGAUGGGAGUUGAAUGGAUGGUGUAAAGACUAAAACAAAUCAGUGAAAUUUACCUGAAUGUCAUGCCCAGUUUGGUUUUUUUCUCGGGAUGUGGACCAACCUCCAUUCUUAAAUAUCAUUUGUCUUUCCUGGCUCAGUUGCCAAUGUAUUCAUCUCAAGUGAAGUCUGAGCUCUAGGUUUGAUCAAAUAUAUGUCAUCGGCCAGCAAUGUGUGGGAUCCCACAAUAGCAGAACAACUUGCCUUUGUUCCACCGGAGGUAUGGGUGGAUUGGAGUUUUGCUGUUCUCAAAACCCGACCCGUCCUGUACCUGUGAGUUGCCCGUGUGAUGCUAGUGGAGCAGCUAUCCUCCGGUUGGCACCCGCUUCUCUGUGGUGCACUGUGGGACUUGCAUUGAUAAUAACUAAUCAAGUGUUUUUUCUAAGAAGAUUACAUUUGUCUUGCUUCAGUACUCCUGUAUGACUGCACAGGUCAUGGUGAGAUGAGCCUAACAUACAACUGGCUAUUCCAAACGAGCUUUGCAUGAGGGGGCAAAGCAUUAAAACAGUUUCUCAUGCAGAAAUGUGAACACAACCCUGUUGUUCUCUAUGAGUUAUAUUCCUGUAAGAGGUGUAUGGGCAGUGCUUUAAUUCUGCUAUUUCCUCACCAACCCUGCAAAUAAUAAGGUAGCACCAGUAAUGUUAUAAUUAUUACAGUGAAGAGAACAGUGCGGCUCAGCAUUAAAGAAUGGCUCAGCAGAAAAGUAAUGGCUCAUUCAGUGCAUUGGGUGUGUGUGUGGACUCUGACCCCUGGACAUGU